AUGGCUGCAGUCAAUCCAAUCAUCCCGGGUUUCGCACCGGAUCCAUCGAUCGUCCUGAUUGACAACACAUUCUUCCUGAUCAACUCAAGUUUCCAUCUGUUCCCCGGUCUGCCGAUCUACGCUUCGCAGGAUCUGGUCACAUGGAGACAAAUAGGAAACGUAAUCAAUAGACGGACCCAGCUAAGUCUUUCAAGGUCUCCCACCGGCAUCUUUGCUCUCAAUGAGCGCGGCGACGUGUUGGUGGGCACAGGUGGUCUCUAUGCUCCGACCAUAAGAUACCGCGAUGGGGUGGUAUAUGUUGUGUGUACCAAUAUCAUAGCACCAACAGGUGGCUCUCUGGAACCGGCCUGCGCAAAUUUCAUCGUCUCAACGCAAGACAUCUGGUCGGACAAUUGGAGCGAUCCCGUCUACUUUGACUUUUGCGGGAUUGAUCCGAGCAUCUUUUUCGACGAUGACGGUCGCAGUUAUAUCCAGGCUUCAGCUAACCCCGGACCAAUGAACAAGAUAAAGCUCUUUGAAGUUGACCUCAAAACCGGUCAAAAAUUAUCCGAAGAGAGCAUAAUUUGGGACGGGACUGGCGGCGUAAACCCAGAAGGCCCGCAUCUCUACAAGAAGGACUGCUGUUACUACCUUGUGAUCGCCGAAGGCGGUACACACAAGGGCCACAUGGUCACCGUUGCAAGGUCUAGAGCCGUAUUUGGGCCCUAUGAAGCAUUUGAAGGUAAUCCCAUCCUCACGGCGCGUGGGACCGACGAAUAUAUACAAUUCACAGGGCACUGCGACAUGUUCCAAGACCGGGCAGGGAACUGGUGGGGAGUUUGCCUCGGGGCGCGAAAGGACAGAGCAGGCCGCUUUAUCAUGGGCCGGGAAACAUUCAUCACUUCAGCGACAUGGCCGAAAGGAGGUUGGCCCUCAUUGGAUCUCGUGACGUCCAAUCCACAAGGACUAGCUCACCGGAACAGGACGGCUCUUACUGCUAACUCGAUGGUCGAUCUGGUGUACAUCCGCGACGCAAACCUGGACGACUACGAGAUCUUGCAUGGCGGCCGCGAUAUCACCCUCAACGCACGGGACGUCGACCUCCGGAGUUCCUCUGCGUCUCCUACCUUCAUCGGCAAACGCCAACGUCAACUGGAGGGUGUCAGCUCGGUGCUCAUGGCCCAUCCAGCGCCGCAAUCGCCAAACGACGUCAAAGCCGGGCUCGCUGUAUACAAAGAUGAGCACCGCUACGCGAGGAUCUUCUACGACACCCGGGAAUCAGCCGUCAUGUUUGAGGUGCGAAAUACUGCACACAAGAUCCACCGGACCAUGACCCAUAUCAUCGAGCCGCGCGACAGCCUCACUUUCAGGCUCAAGUACACCGAGCAGCAGUACCAAUUCUCCUACAGGGUGCCGGAGACGAAGUCGUCUGCGGGCUGGAUCUCCAUCGCCACCGUUGACACCUUGGACUUGACAGAUCUGGACUUUGUCGGUCCUGUCGUCGGCAUCUUUGCCGUGGCGGCCGGCGAGCCGACCCCGGUUCGCUUCAGAGAUCUGGAGGUCAACUGA